AUGAAUGAUGAAUUUGAUAGUCAAGCUUCCAACAAAAAUAAUUCUGAGAUUGAACAAAAAUCUCAAGUUCAAGAUGUUAGUAGUGAAAGAUCACAUGCUAGUGAUGUUAUUUUGAAAGUAGAAGAGUUAUUCAAUAAGCUAGAGUCUUUGGAAAUUAAGACCAUUGCCUUAGUAACAGAUAGUGCAGCAGCUUAUACAGCAGCCAGUCAAUUAUAUGGAAUACUUACUCAAAAUCAUAGAAUUCAAGAAUUAGAUGAGCUUAAAAGGCUUUACAAAUCAACCUUAGCACCUUCCUUUUUAGACAAUUCUAAAAGUAUACUAAGUACUUUUUCUACAUUCCAAGAUACUGAAGCUGAAAUUGAUAGUUCUGAAAAUGUAAAUACUAAUAAUGAUAAAUAUACUAUGAAAUUAUAG